AUGGUUGGACACAAGUUAAUAGGCACGGUAAUUGCAGCCCCAAUGCGGAGGGCAGUCGCCAGCGCCGGUCGGGACGAUUUCCGCAAGACCUUUUUUACUGCGGUUGGGGCUUCUGGGGAAGUGGCGGGCGUUCCAGCUGCCGGGGGUGCCGACGCCGCCGCCUAUGGGACGGAAGGAGCUAAAGAGGCUCGAACUGCUGACGAAAUCGGAGAUCGGACCUUGGCCGAUAGCAGAGGCGCAGUCGGAGGACUCAGUUCUCCAUCUCCCGUGGGUCCCAAUGUUUCCAGAGGGACAAAAGGGCUUGGCCUUUUCUUAGCCGCUCUGUUGGCUCUUAUUGUAGGGAGCUUGUUGCACGCUGCAGGCUCAUUGGACCCCCAAAAACCUGAACCUGUGCUUCAACCUGGACAGCAACCGGAGCAAACAGAUGAAGAUGACGAAACAGUGGAGGCGGGACAGCGAAGAAGAGAAUACCGCAGUGGCGGUGGAGAGGAAGGCGUGCAGUAA